AUGGCAUUGAUUAAUAUCACCAACAUUGUUUUCGAUUAAGACACAGCACUGUUUAACAGUCCAAUUCAGAUGUAAAUUACUUUCGACGUGAUGAGAUAAUUAGAUGAGGAAAUUGAAUGGAAACUUAUUUACAUCGGAUCCCCAAAUAGCGAUAAAUAUGAUCAAGUACUUGAAUAGUUUUCCAUGCCUCCUCUGCAAUAAGGAACUAUGCAAUUUACUCUAAUGAGUUCUGGUCCAAAUUUUGAGCUGAUUCCUAGUAAAGAUGAUUUAUUUGGCGCUAGUGCAAUCAUCCUAAGUGUUAAGUAUAGAAAGCAGGAAUUCUUUAGAGUUGGAUACUAUGUUUAUAACACUUACUUGGAACCAGAAUUAAUCGAAAAUGAUCCUCCUCAAGUGCUCAUUGAUAGGGUAUAUAGACAAAUCAAUACGUCUGCGCCCAGAGUUACGAGAAUCAAUAUUGAUUGGGAGGGUUAAAUGGUUCAAUUGUAUGUCAAUCCUCAAUAAAACAACCAAUCCUUCAUGUUCCAAUAAUAACCAAUUUUUAAUGAUAUUACUAAUACUCCUGAUUAUUUGCAACAAACCGUCACAGAUAAAAUACAAUAACCACAACAACAAUAACAAUAAUAUUCUGGCGGACUAAAUAAUAACUAAUACACUGAUCUUUAAAGCAUAUUUUGAUUAAUAUAUUUUUUAUUUUAUUAUUUAGAUAUACAAGUUCUA